UAUUAUUUUUUAUUUAAAUUUUUUUCCUAUUUAAUAUCCUAAAAAAACGUGAAAGAAUCAUUUUCUUAUACUUUGUCUCUAGCGGAGCCUAAUGUGUCAUGUGUCAAAUGGGUUGCCUACUCAUCAUGAUAAGAAAUUUUAAGAUAAGAAGUUCAGAACAUUAUCUUUUAAGGCCCAAGGUCAGCGUACAUCUAUAGAAACUGUAUGGUCCACCUUUUUAAAGUUACCCACAAUUUUUAAAAAAAGACAACAACUUAACAACCAAGUUAUACAAUUAUAAAUCUCUCAUAUUAAAUUUUAAUAUGAUCAUUAAGUUAAUAUGUAAACUUUAUAUUUAUUUCAUUUUUAGUUGAUAAUGAAUAAAUGAGCUAUUUAUUAUAAGAAAAAAUAUGAAAAUGUAAGCCAUUACUUUAUAUGCCAAAGUGGAAGAAGUGCAUAAAAGAAUGAUAAAAUAGGGACUGCAUGACUGGUCAAUGCAGGCUCGUGGCAGUGGCAACUUGCAAGACGUGUGGAAGUUUGGGGCAUGCAACUGCGGAUGACGCGGAGCCAUCUUCUUUCGACGAAUCUUUAGUAUGAAAUUAUUUUAUUUAUAUAUCAAUCAAAUCAAAUCAAAUCUGCGAGUCCAGCAACUAUUAGUAAGCACACUCUGCAAGCUGAACUCAAUACACUAAAACAAUUUUCAUUACUAACUAACGUUGACAAUGGCUACUUCUCUCUUCUACUUCUUCCUAUGCUUUCUAUUCCUCUUCACUGUUUCACCCUCUCUACCAUCAUCAAAUGGAUUACCCAGUUCUGGUUUUAUCACCCUUCCUAUUAAGGUAGAUCCAGCCACUCAUCAAUACUACACUUCAAUUGGCAUCGGAACUCCUCAACACAACAUGAACCUUGCCAUUGAUCUUGCAGGGAAAUUCCUAUGGUACGAUUGUGAUAGUCAUUACAACUCAUCAUCUUACAACCCUGUCAGUUGUGACUCCCCAAAAUGCCCCCAAGGCUCACCAUGCAUCGGUUGCAAUGGUUUUCCUCGUAAGCCAGGGUGCACCAACAACACUUGUGGCCUUGAUGUUGUUAACCCAUUUGCUGACACCAUUUUCAGUGGUGACAUGGGUGAGGAUUUCCUAUUCUUGCCUCAAAUCAAGGUGCCUCGAAACUUUGUUUCUGGCUGCACGGAUUCUGAUAGGUUCACCACCCCACUUCUAGUUGGUCUCGCCAAAGGCAUCAAAGGGAUUCUAGGCCUUGCAAGGACACCACUUACGUUACCAAUUCAGGUCUCAUCUUCAUUUAACAUUCCUCCUAAGUUUACUCUUUGUUUACCUUCUUCUUAUUAUUCAAAGAAGACAAAUAUUGGAGAAAUUUUCAUUGGUGGGAGACCAAGUUCUUCUAUCUCAGUUUCCCGCACUGGAUUUGGCUCUUCCAGUGAUGAAUACUUCAUUCAUGUUAAUUCAAUCAAUAUUGAUGACAAACCUGUUAAGUUUAAGACUUCACUUCUGAAUGUUGAUGAGAACGGUAAUGGGGGUACUAAAAUUAGCACCAUGAGCCCUUACACCGUGUUACAUCAUUCCAUCUACAAGUCCUUUGUUAAAGAUUAUGUGAAGGCAGCAAAGGCUAUAAAAAUCAAGAGAGUGAAAUCCGUGCACCCAUUUGUUGCAUGCUUCGAUGCUAAUACCAUAGCUGAUAGACAAGCUGUGCCAACUAUCAAUUUGGUGAUAGAAGGCCAGUUUGGAGGAGAGAGUUUUGAAAUAUUUGGCCACAAUUCGAUGGUUGAAGUGGAAAAAGGUGUGGUCUGUUUGGCAUUUGUUGAUGGUGGUAGACAGGCAAAAACUGCUGUUGUUAUUGGUGGGUAUCAACUAGAGGAUAGAGUUUUGGAGUUUGACUUGAGUACUUCAAUACUAAGCUUUAGCUCCUCCCUUAUGCUCCACAACGCAAGUUGCUCAGAUCCAGCUUCUCUUUAAGCUGCCAUCGGUAAUACGUGUAGUUUGCACUUUUGGUUUCGGGAAAAAUUAAGGCACAUAUGGUGCCGCCAGGUUGGCCGAGUGGAUCUUAAGAUGAAAUUCAAUUUACACUGUACUGUCUUCAACUCUCAAGUGUAUUUUACUAAACAAAUAAAAAAAAUGUAAAUUUUCCCUUUUGAUUUCUCUCUACUGGUUAUUCGUUUGGAUUGGUUCACUACAAAACCUUUUAUCCGCCCGAAGCAAAAUGUGUAACAUAAUGAUAUAAAAUGACUUACAAUAUUUAGUAUAAUUAGAUAAUUAAAGCUAGCCCUCUUUUAUUCAUUAUCAAUUACUAACUGCAACAGAGGAUGAGUAUACAAAUUUGUCGGGAUAAAUGAAUGUUUGUGGCUGUUGGUGUUAAUUGAAAAAGGUUACAUUUCAAGUAGUUUGAUCAUAAUAAAGUUCCUUUUUUGUUAAAAAAAAUGACAUUUUGAGAAGAUUUUAAAUAUUUUUUAAGCCCCAAAACAAAGAGAGUCAAAAUUGGUAAAAAAAAGUAGAAACAUAGAGUAAAAUUAUUCUAAGUCAAAAAGACUAAAGAUUCAGAAUUUGUCAAAAAGUAAUAACUGAAAGUGAAAUUAAGUCUAUAAGAUUGAAGAGCUCUUAAAUUUCUUCUAAUUGUCAAAAUAUAACAAGAAAUUUACUCUAAGGUCAAGGUACAAGGUGAACUUCAGGAAAUUAAGAAACAUAACAAAAAAUCACAAGGUUCACACAAACUUUGAAGCAAUUACCAACAGUUACUACCAAUUGAAGGUCAAAGACACUAAAAAACAAACAUGGAUAACAACGGUUAUUGAGAAGUCAUAAUCUUUAGCAUGAUCAUAAACAAUUAUAAAUAAUGGGCAGCAGCAGUUAGGCUAACAUGCACAGAAAGCAUUUAUUAGAAAGUGCUCGCAAAAGGAAGAUAGUUGUUGAAGGACACUACCUAUAAAUAUUAUGAAGUUUGACAUUUCUGAGGAUGACUUUUUAUAGUAUACACCUGCACUCAAACUUUUUGCACGCUGAAACUCUGCAUCGUAACAGACAUCAGCUAUCAAGAGACUCAUGAUAAGUCUGUAAUUAAGCUCUCUUUUACAGUCCAUAUAUUCAUAUUUGACCUUUAUUUUAUUUAGAUUUUACACUAAUUUAUAUAUUAAUUGUGUAUUUUGGUAUAAAGAGACCGCAAAUGGAUUUCAAGUGCGUUAUGGGCCCAAAUUGAUGAAAGAUUAGAGCUUCGCAGCAGUCAGCACGC